AUGGAGGUGAAGCGGCUGAAAGUGACCGAGCUGCGGUCGGAGCUGCAGCGGCGGGGCCUGGACUCGCGCGGCCUCAAGGUGGAUCUGGCGCAGCGGCUGCAGGAGGCGCUGGACGCCGAGAUGCUCGAGGACGAGGCCGGUGGUGGCGGGGCCGUGCCCGGCGGGGCCUGCAAGGCGGAGCCUCGGCCUGUGGCCGCGUCGGGCGGCGGCCCGGGCGGGGACGACGAGGAGGACGAAGAGGAGGAGGAGGACGAGGAGGCGCUGCUUGAGGACGAGGACGAAGAGCCACCUCCCGCCCAGGCCUCGGACCAGGCCUCGCAGCCGCCGCCGGAGCCCCCGGAGGAGGCAGCCGUGGAGGCCGCGGCCCAGGCCGAGGCCGAGCCUGAGCCUGAGCCCGAGGCCGAGGCCGAGGCCGAGCCCGAACCUGAGCCCGAGCCCGGGCCCGGGCCCGAGCCCGAUGCUUCCGAGAAGCCGGCUGAGGAGGCCAUGGCCGAGUCAGGUGGCGUCAAUGGUGGCGAAGAGCAGGGCACCGGCAAAGGGGAAGAAGACGAGCCGGAGGAGCGGAGCGGGGACGAAGCGCCGGGAUCCGAGGCGCCGGGUGACAAGGCCGCAGAGGAACAGGGAGAUGACCAAGAUAGUGAAAAGUCAAAACCAGCAGGCUCAGAUGGUGAGCGGCGGGGGGUAAAGAGACAGCGGGAUGAGAAGGAUGAACAUGGCCGAGCUUACUAUGAAUUCCGAGAGGAGGCUUACCACAGCCGCUCCAAGUCUCCACCGCCCCCUGAAGAAGAGGCAAAAGAGGAGGAAGAAGAUGACACUCUUGUGAACCUGGACACGUAUACCUCUGAUCUCCACUUUCAAGUGAGCAAAGACCGCUAUGGAGGGCAGCCACUUUUCUCAGAGAAGUUCCCCACCCUGUGGUCUGGGGCAAGGAGUACUUAUGGAGUGACAAAGGGGAAAGUCUGCUUUGAGGCCAAGGUAACCCAGAACCUCCCGAUGAAAGAAGGCUGCACAGAGGUUUCUCUUCUUCGAGUGGGAUGGUCUGUUGAUUUUUCCCACCCACAGCUUGGUGAGGAUGAAUUCUCUUAUGGUUUUGAUGGACGAGGACUCAAGGCAGAGAAUGGGCAAUUUGAGGAAUUUGGCCAAACUUUCGGGGAGAAUGAUGUCAUUGGCUGCUUUGCUAAUUUUGAGACUGAAGAAGUAGAACUUUCCUUUUCCAAGAACGGAGAAGACCUUGGUGUGGCAUUCCGGAUCAACAAGGAAUUCCUGGCAGACCGGGCGCUCCUGCCCCAUGUCCUCUGCAAAAAUUGUGUCGUAGAGUUAAACUUUGGUCAGAAGGAGGAGCCCUUCUUCCCGCCACCACAGGAGUUUGUGUUCAUCCACGCUGUGCCUGUGGAGGAGCGUGUGCGCACUGCGGUCCCCCCGAAGACCAUAGAGGAGUGUGAGGUGAUUCUGAUGGUGGGACUGCCCGGAUCUGGAAAGACUCAGUGGGCACUGAAAUACUCAAAAGAAAACCCUGAGAAAAGAUACAAUGUCCUGGGAGCUGAGACUGUCCUCAGUCAAAUGAGGAUGAAGGGGCUUGAGGAGCCAGAAAUGGACCCCAAAAGCCGAGACCUUUUAGUUCAGCAAGCCUCCCAGUGCCUUAGUAAACUGGUCCAGAUUGCUUCCCGGACAAAGAGGAACUUCAUUCUCGAUCAGUGUAACGUGUACAACUCCGGCCAACGGCGGAAACUGCUGCUGUUUAAGACGUUCUCUCGGAAAGUGGUGGUGGUUGUCCCGAGCGAGGAGGACUGGAAGCAGAGGCUGGAGUGGAGGAAGGAAGUGGAGGGGGAUGAUGUGCCUGAGUCCAUCAUGCUGGAGAUGAAAGCCAACUUCUCUUUGCCUGAAAAAUGCGACUACAUGGAUGAGGUGACAUACGGGGAGCUGGAGAAGGAGGAAGCGCAGCCUCUUGUCACUAAGUACAAGGAGGAGGCAAGGAAGCUGCUGCCCCCCUCUGAGAAACGGACAAACCGCCGAAACAAUCGAAACAAGCGCAACCGGCAGAACCGAAGCCGAGGCCAAGGCCAAGGCUAUGUGGGCGGGCAGCGCCGAGGCUACGACAACCGGGCCUACGGGCAGCAGUACUGGGGGCAGUCUGGAAACAGAGGGGGUUACCGUAAUUUCUACGACCGAUACCGGGGAGAUUAUGAUCGAUUCUAUAGCCGAGAUUAUGAGUACAACAGAUACAGAGACUAUUACAGACAGUACAAUCGGGAUUGGCAGAAUUACUACUACCACCACCCCCAGGACAGAGACCGAUACUACCGGAACUACUACGGUUACCAAGGGUAUCGGUGA